AUGGGCUCGACUAGACUAUACUCCAAGGGCCGUGUUUUGGGACACAAGCGGGCGAAGCGCAACACCCGCCCCAACACCUCCCUCAUUCAAAUCGAGGGCGUUGGUUCAAAGGAAGACGCGCAGUUCUAUCUCGGCAAGCGGGUUGCUUUCGUCUACCGAGCAAAGAAAGAAGUUCAGGGAUCCAAAGUUCGAGUAAUCUGGGGUCGCGUAACACGGCCACACGGCAGCGGCGGUGUCGUCAAAUCAAAAUUCCGUUCCAACCUUCCUCCUCGAGCCUUCGGCGCAAGUGUCCGUAUCAUGCUCUACCCAUCAAACAUUUGA